AUGGAGCGACCCGAAGCGACCCACUUACCGGCACCGCCAGUCCGUAGCCGCAACGGGUGCUUCACAUGCCGACGCCGCAAGAAGAAGUGCAACGAGGAGAAGCCAGUCUGCAUCGGCUGCAAACGCAACAAGCUCGAUUGUCACUGGCCGAGUGUGGCCCCUAAGCCUUCGUCGUCUGCCCGAGGGGACCUUCGGAAGCCGACUCCUUCUACCACUGCUAGUUCACGCGGAGACACUCAAACAAGUUCCGCCGGCAGGCGCAGGGAGAGUGCUCCGGCAGCUACGGGUCUGCGAUACAUCGAACCGCGUAUCUCCGGAGUGCCCACGACCCACUCGCCAAGUCAAUGGUCAGCACGGCUUCAACAGAUCCCCAGUCCGGCCUUCGGGCCUCGGCCGGAUCACGAGGCAGCUAGUGCUACCACUGCAACUGCUGUCUCGCUGGAGAACACGGUUGACUUGGUUACUUCACUCCUCGAUCCAUCUUGUUUCACAUUGCCCCUGUCGACUUCAGAGGCCGAUCUCGACCUGAUCGGCAAUGACGGCCUAGACGGAGAGCUACUUGCACCUCCGCCUCUGGCCGCCGGGCUAGAUCCAUCUACCUCACCCUUCUCUUCAUCACCUGAUAUCCCACUGGCUAGCGCUGAUAAUAUCCAAUCCGCUUCCACGGAAGUCAUUGCGGCAGAAAAUGAUCAACUGUUCAGCCUCGAUGGCGCUGACUUCGCCGAUGAUGCCCUUAUCACAACAAGCGAGUCUGUGUUCGAUUCAUCGCUCCUUCCGACACUAUUAACUCCUCCCCUCCAGCCGUCUCUCGGUCUUCUACCUGACCAGAGUCACCAAUCCAUGGAACUGCUGAGCUACUACCUCUCCAAGACCGUCAAUAGCAUGGGAAACGGCUCGACUGAUGUCAAUCCAUUCGUCACCAAGCUCAUACCGCUAGCGUUUUCCAACUCCCUCGUCCUCCAGCUCAUCCUGGCCCAGAGCGCCGCUCAUCGCCAGGCAUGGGCGCACUCAGCGCAUACGGACUCGGCCAAUGAAGUUGCACAUCAGUCCUAUUCAAAAUCGCUCAGUUCUUUCAGGGGCGUGCUUAGUGACUACGCGAACGGGAGGGAACAGAAUGUGUUGGUGGUCACCGUCGGGAGCCUUGUCCUGUGCCUGACAGAGGUUGCUCGAGGUGACGUACACGGCGUCGUCUUUGAUCAUCUCUCGGCAUCCAAGACCCUUCUCAAGGUUCUUCUUUCGCAGCCCUCCUCGUCCUCUCUCCAGGACCUUCCAGACUUCCUCGUCGAAUACUACGUGCACAUGGCCGCCACCAGCAUGAUCUCGGUAGACGUCCGAUAUACACGACAGACCAUGAUGACGCCCGAGAUUGACCAAAAAGUCCUCCAGCUUGUCGAGAACAAGUAUAUUGGGCAGCUGGGCGGCUGUUGGAUCGAGCUCCUUUAUCUGAUCACGCAGAUCUUCGCGCUGGGCCAGAGCAUGCUAGGUUCAAGUGGAGGAAGCGAGUCUACCGCAGCGCCAUCACCCAGUGACAUCAUCACCUUUGGCCUCCUGCAGUCACAGAUCAUGGCGUACUGCCCCGACCCAUCCGCUCGUCCCAACUCCCAGCUGGCAGCACUGGUCUUUAAGCAAGCCGUGCUCCUCUACCUGUGGACGCUGAUCGGCAAUCCCCACCAAGGCGAUGCGAACACCGAUACGCACAAGGCCCUGAUUGAUGGCGCUGUCGCGGAAGCUCUACUAUCAUUACAGCAGCUGCCUGUAUCGGAUAGAGUCAACACGAGUCUCUGCUGGCCCUUGGCUGUCAUCGGCUGCUGCACGUCUAGCGAUGCAGUCAAGGAGAUCAUUCGAGCCCGUCUGCGGGCGAUGUCCGAGACCAUUGGGCUUGGGAACAUGAGAGAAACUCUGGUCUUGCUGGAAACCGUUUGGACGCAGCCACUUGAAGAGACUAGCCCCUGGAACUUGUGCAGAGUCAUGGGAGAGUAUCAGAUGUGGAUCUCUUUUGCUUGA